UCGAAACUUCCUUCGUUGAAAAUUAUCACUCGUUGAUGUGGUUUGCUCAUCCGUCAAUUGUGGCUGCUAAUCAAACCGCCAUCUACGGUUAGUUAUCUGGCUGGUUUCUCUGUGAUCCACCCUACUCUGGGCCUGACCGUUCCCGUUCAGGCCUUACUUCCAUCCCACUAGUUGAGAUUGCAACUGAAAAUGGCUAGGAUCAAGCCUCAAGCUCUGCUACAGCAAAGCAAGAGAAAGAAGGGGCCCUCCCGAAUAAGUGCAUCGACUAUUAUAUUUUACAGCUUACUUCUGGUUUUGAUUGUGUUUUUGCUGUUUAUGGCGUAUGGACAUUGGUUCCCCAGGUCGAGAUUUCGGUCAGAGAAUCAAAUGGUAGUCUCUAAGGCUGAAAAUACUCUUGUGAACUCAAAAAAAUCUGAGCUACCUGGAUAUGCUGUUUUAAAUACCUCUAAAGGCUCUAUAGUAAUAGAACUUUACAAGGAAACUUCCCCUGAAGUUGUUGAUGAAUUCAUUGACUUAUGCCAAAAGGGGCACUUCGAGGGAAUGCAUUUCCAUCAUGUAAUCAAGCACUUCGUGAUUCAAGCAGGGGCAAACCAAGGGAAAGGACAUACCAUAGAUUGGAGUGUGAGAGGAAAGCACACCACCAGUGUGAAGCAUGAAGCAUUCAUGAUUGGAACAUCCAUGGGAAAACAAACAAACAAAGGAUUUGAUCUUUUCAUUACAACUGCGCCUAUACCAGACCUAAACGAGAAGCUUAUUGUGUUUGGGCGGGUCAUCAAGGGAGAGGAUGUUGUUCAGGAAAUUGAAGAAGUGGACACAGAUGAACAUUACCAGCCAAAAUUCCCUAUUAAAGUGCUUGACGUGACACUUCAACAGAAGAUCUGAAGAAUUUCCAACAUUAGCGUUGCGUAUCUCUCUUUUGCCGAUUACAUGUUUCAGUUUUCCUCAGAGCAGUUUCUGCAUGGAUUGGGAUUCUCUAGGAGUUCCCCUCCACUUAACAAAUGAACUUCUUGAGCUUUUGUGCUGUUUUGGCCGUAGCAUGUUUUUUCAAUCUUUUGUGGCGGGGCAAGGCCGGCGGCAGGGCGGCGGAUUGUUCGGUACCGGGCUUGGCAGUGAGGUUUGGCCGUUUGCAGUCACGUCCUUUAUAUAUUUUAUUUCGGUUGAUGGCAUUUUAGUUGUAGCUUCAACAGUUUUGCUCUAUGAUUUACCCUUCACUA